GGCUUGCCCCGCCCCCGGCCCCGCCCCGCCGCCGGAGGGACCCGCGGGUCCGCUCGCGGCCCGCCCACCUCACCUGGGCCGGGCCUGCUGCCGUUCGCUCCCGGAGCCACCGUCGCCGGGAGCCUGCACCCGCCCAGUGCCACCUGCAUGGCCGCCGCCUCUGUCCCCCGCUCCCUGCCGCAAGGUGCCAGCCGUCCCUGAGACAACGCCUCCUGGCCUGGCCUCAUGUCGGCGUCGGCAAAACCUGCGGCCCCAGCAGAGCCGGCCCCCGUUCCCCGAGAGAAGCCUGGGGGGCAGCCGCUCCUGGCCUGGGGCCCUGUGUUUGGCCCCCCGGGUGAGAAGGUCGCGCUGGGCCAGAGCGACGGCGCUGCUGAGCGGGUGCUCACGGUCACCGUGACGGAGACCACCGUCCUCGAGUCGGACCUGGGCGCGUGGGGUGCCCGGGCACUGCUCUACCUCUCGCUCUGGUUCUUCUUCAGCUUCUGCACCCUGUUUCUCAACAAGCACAUCCUCUCCCUGCUGGAGGGGGAGCCCAGCACGCUAGGGGCUGUGCAGAUGUUGUCAACCACGCUUAUCGGGUGUGUUAAAAUAGUUGUUCCCUGCUGUUUAUAUCAGCACAAAACGCGGCUUUCUUACCCACCCAACUUCAUCGUGACCAUGCUCUUCGUGGGUCUGAUGAGGUUUGCGACUGUGGUUUUGGGUCUGGUCAGUUUAAAAAACGUGGCGGUUUCGUUUGCUGAGACAGUGAAGAGCUCGGCCCCCAUUUUCACUGUGAUCCUGUCCCGGAUGGUCCUGGGGGAGCACACAGGGCUGCUGGUCAACCUGUCGCUCCUCCCGGUCAUGGGCGGGCUGGCGCUGUGCACGGCCACUGAGAUGAGCUUCAACUUCCUGGGGUUUUCGGCCGCCUUGUCCACCAACGUCAUGGAUUGUUUGCAGAACGUUUUCUCCAAAAAGCUUCUCAGCGGGGACAAAUACAGGUUCUCGGCGGCGGAGCUCCAGUUCUACACCAGCGCAGCGGCCGUGGCCAUGCUCAUCCCAGCCUGGGCCUUCUUCAUGGACCUGCCAGUAAUCGGGAGGAGCGGGAGGAGCUUCCGCUACAGCCAGGACGUGGUGCUGCUGCUGCUGGCAGAUGGCCUCCUUUUCCACUUGCAGAGUGUCACGGCCUACGCCCUCAUGGGCAGGAUCUCCCCCGUGACCUUCAGUGUCGCCAGCACCGUCAAGCAUGCCUUGUCUAUCUGGCUCAGUGUCAUAGUUUUCGGCAACAGAGUCACCAGCCUGUCAGCUGUUGGUACCGUCCUGGUGACAGCCGGUGUCCUGCUUUACAACAAGGCCAAGCAGCAGCAGCACGAGGCCAUGCAGUCUUUGGCCAUGGCUGCCGGCCGGAUGCCAGACGAUAGCUCUGAGCCACUGCUGCCCGUGGACCCCAGGCCGCACCACUGAGCCCCACCCACUGCCCGUGGGGACCCCUCGCCUCUCCUGCUCCCUAGGUAGAGGCAGGCGUGGGCACCCAGCCUCCACAGCCGCAGGAGGCCAUGGGUGUGCAGCCUUUCCUGCUCUUUUCUGGGGUUUUUGGUCAGAAGCAGCAGGAACUCGAACCGGGGUCCCCAUUGUCAGCCACUGAGCCAUCGCUGAGUCGUGUGAAAACCUCCCGCCAGCCUCUGCACACCUGCUGCCGGGCACCUGGGUCCAGCUGCAGCCAGGCCAGCCCGAUUCCUCUGGCUGACAAUCACCCAGGACUGUGAAGCCAGAGCUGUGUCCAGGUGCUACUGUGCCCUGCCCCACGCAGGGCACCAGCCAUCAGAGGCCAUCGGAGGUACCCCUGCUCCUCAGCUCCUCUGUCUACUGUGCUAGGACAGAAGGCGACGCCCACACUGCCUGGGCACAGAGGCCACAGCAACAGGGCAGGGAAGGGGGGGACAGAUGGGGGCAGAAGCCAGGUUUCCGCUCCUGAGGAUUGGGUGGUGGGCCCUGGCCUCCCUGAGCUCCAGCUCCUGAUGCGGGGAAGGUCACUCCCGGACGGAGGGGGCCCCACCCCUUCAGAGUCUGCGUGCGCGGAGCCCCUGCCCCAAGUACCUAAGCUGGGGUCCUGGAGACCCGGACGUGAUCUCUGGCCUGGGGGUCAGGACAGAUGCCUGAGGCGUUUAACACGAGUCAGGGAGGCGCUGACACUCCCCUGGACUCCGCGUGACGGGGCUGUUCUGAAGGCCCCUGGGGCACCUGUCUUCACUCGCUGGGGGGAGCCAUGCCCGGCUUCGUCUCGUCGACAGGGCUGUUAGGAUCCUCCCUCCUGAAUGGUCCGUUUACAGUUUCUGUUAUGCUGCCUUUCAAUGACAGGAUAGUUUUUAAAAGGAAAGACAGGCCCAGGUGGCUCCCAGAAUGCAUGACACUAGCCAGGUAAGCCAGGUAGAACCCCUGGCCCGGCCCUCCUGCCCCUGGGGCCGGCGGAGAGCCUGACAGGUGUCCGAGGCAAGUGCCAGGCUGAGCCAUCCCUUCUCCAAAGCCCUGGCCUCACGCCCUGGGGCAUUUCUGAGGGGGCACCCCCCCGCCCCCGCCAGCUCCCACGCUGGGGCUUGUCAGGUGCAGCCACGGGGCACCUAAAGCCUGCGAGGAAGCUGAGGCUCUAACCCUUCCUGAGGCUCACUUCCCUCCCUGCUGUUCAGGGCGGGCUUCCCCAACUUCUCUGGCCUGUCACAUGGGGGAUAGGAACAAGCCCCGCCCAGAGAGCAGAUCUCUUGGGGACAAAGAGCAAUAACUAUGCCUUCUCAAGUUCCGCCUACUUCUAACAGUUUGCUGGCGAUGGAUUAAAAGGAGGCCUUUGACACCACGGACAGCGCUGGACGAGGCUGACUGCCGGGCAGGUGCAGGGCGAGCUCACCUUGGCAGCGCGGGCGUCCCUCGUGACCUUCCCGGGCUCUAGCCCUUCUUCUUUUCCUGCUUCCCCCAAGACAGAUCUAAAGAGGAUUCUUUGGAGGUGGCUGGGGGUGGGGGGCAGUUGGUGGGCAGAUCUGCGAGGACCAGAGUGGAAGCCCCACUUCCCUGGGGCUCCUGCCCUGCCCCCACUGCAGAAGGUGGGCGCUACGCCAGCUGCUGCUGGUGCGACGUGAACAGAGCAGGGGCCCAUCUGGGGUCGCCUGCUGCAGCCUUGGUCAUCUGGGUGGUGUCAGAUGUGCAGCCCCUGCAUCCAGGGUCCCCACCUCCUGUGGACCUGCCCCUCCUCCAUUCUCACAAGUGGCAUUCAGCCUGUUUGCAUUUUCUAAAUUUUUGGACCAGAAACAAAAUGAAGAUUUUCCUAAAUUAUUUGUACGUGAGGCAGUUUCUAGCAAAGCUGCCUUUGAGCUUUCUCUGCGGCUGCGUUCCGUCCGCCUCCCCUUCCCCGGGUUGUCCACGUGUUGGGCGUUUCCGGGACAGCCCUGCACCGAGUCAAAGCCUGUGGCCUGGCUUGGCCUUUUGUCUAAUGACUGUACAGACAUGCCGUGUUUUUCAGUUAGCUUUGACUGGUAGUUUUAUAAGAUGUUCUUUUCACUGAACCAUUGCAUACACGCGUGUACCAGCAUUGACGCUGGGUGUCACCUGCUGUUUUGGGUCAGUUCCUCCUGUGUCUGUGGUCAUUGUCUGUGCCUUUGUGAAUGAGCUCUGAUCCAGGCUUCCACGUCUGGUUACCUGCUUACUUAUAUGAGUACAGAGACGUAGAGAGCUCUAGCUUUCAAGGAAAUUUCCACUACUGAGUGGCAUAAAAAGCUUUUUUGAAAAAAAUUUCAACAGUCAUAAUUUCCUGCACAUCAGCAUUAAUAUAAUCUGCCUUGGAAAGCUGAUCAUACUCUUGCAAAAUCCAAAAUGUGUCUUUAAUUUGGGAAAAAUAAACAUGACGAAUCAAACAAAAAGUGCUGCACAAAGACCAUCAGCUGAAUGCAGCUGUGCGGGAAGUGCUCUUCCCCAACCUAGUGAGUGGGCUUUGCUUCCCGGCGUGGCGCCUGGUCAGUGACGGCCAGUGACUGUCAGAGAAACACAACAUGUCUCUUGAGGCCCAUCCGAGUGAUGUGCCUGAAAUAUCUUUGCUCUUUCCCUGGGUCGGGAAAGUGAAGUGAAGGUCCCGUCACAGUUGGAGUCCUCUUCCAUUUGUUUUUGACCAGUGUUGUCACUAAAGGCUCCGUUCUUUUCCAAAAUGUGUACGUGCCCCGGUCAGGACCUCCGCCUCCUCCUCCUCCUGCUUCUCUUCUUCCUCGUCCUCUUCUUCUUCUUUUUGGCCACGCCCAACAGCAUGGGGAAAUUCCUGGGUCGGGAAUUGAACCCGUGCCACAGCAGGGACCCAAGCUGCUGCAGUGACAACGCCAGAUCCUUCACCCUCUGCACCACAAGGGAGCUCUGGGACCUCUUCCUUUUCUGAGUUUAACCUCACAGCAACCCUGGUGGAUCUGCCUGUUUCUCUGCCUCUGCUGAGGCGCCAAGAGCAGUCGGGAGGUUGUGCUGACCAAGGGUUGGCUAUUCCCCGGGCAGCUUGGGGUGUAAAACCCUCCAGCUUGCUGCCUCUGAAGUACUUCUUCCUAUUCUGCCGAGGGCUCCAAUUUGGAGUUUGAUGGCCAUUGAAUCCAUACCUAUAUGUCCAAACUGAGGUGGAAACUAUUCUUAUUAGCCAAGUCUUUGUGUGUUUUUCAGUUUCUAUUUGAGGAAAACUGGCAUUCCAACCCAUGUGCUGUUUGUAGACUGCAGAUGUACGAGUUGAGUCUGGACCUGCCAGGGUGUGUUGUGGGCGCCCUGCUGUGGAGGCCACAGUGAGGGUGACUCCCACACUGAGAAACUUGAAAAUUGUACCAAUAAUUGUCUGUAUCAGAACCAAAUUAUAUUUGCUUUAUACCAAACAAAACUGUGGAGAACUAAAAGUACAUUGUACAGGAUGUCUGUGGUUUAUAUUUCACCUGUUUCAGUAUUUAUGUGAUUAGAUCAAUUCUUUCCAGAAAGUAGUUGUUAAGUAACUCAAGUCACUGCAAAUUCUGCCAUAGUAAUACCUCGAUGCUCUGUAAUUAAUCCUGUGGAUGCCUCCUGGCUAUUUUUGUCUGAAGUAAGCCACUAAAUUAAGCAACUAUCUAAGGCUCUUGGUCUGCAAAAGUAAAAUAAAUGUUAAAUGUGUA